AUGUCCAGCUCAGCGUUUGGUAGAAAUUCCAGGGGCUCCAGGUCUUUCAGAAGCUCUUCCGUUCGCGGCACUAGAGGCCUUUCAUGGAGGAAAGCCGAGGAGCCCGAGCCUCAAAUACCAUCACCACCCCUUGGCGAGUUGCUCAUUGAGCUUGCCCGAGAGGACAUUACUCGUCACACACACGAUCCACAGAUCAGAGACUGUCAUUAUGUCGCAUCCUACAGUUGGCUCGAUGCGGAGGACCCGGCUGUGAUCAUUCCUGGACAACCUCCUGCCUGGACACCGCCUUCCGUAAAUCGUCGACUUGAGCCUGAUAGAGGCAAAUACUUUCGGGACCCGAAUGCGGCUCGAUACUCAAGCUACCCCAUGGAGCCAGCAGUUCAAGCAUUGUUCAAACAGCAUACACUAUUUCCCACCAAAGAUAUCGACAUUGUCAGUUGCACCAGUGCAUUGGGAAACCUAUCUCGAUUUGUCCGUGGCGUUGAAAAAGAUUUUAGGAUUGUCUUGGUGAGGGUAGGGAACACUGUUUUCUUCACCCGCAGAGAGAAUUCUCCGACGGAGCUGAUAAUUAAUGUCCGAGGCUAUGGCCAUACCUUCCUCGAGGAAUACACCUCGUGGGAAAAACAUGUGAAACGGUCUGAGUCUCAUCAGAGAAUCAUCCAAUAUGGUUUUGGGGGAUUGCUUUUGUUAGUUGGUUUUGAAACGGACGAGUACUUUCGAGGGGAAGUCAAAAGUUCUGACCUGCAAUUGAAGGAAAGUUCCUUGGUCGAAGCGCUCGGCAGAGCAUCGGUUGGCGAUGUGAGAACGAGGGUCCACAAAAGCCUUCAUAUCGAAAAAGGCGGUCAACCGAUUGCUCAGGAGAGUAUUUUCGACAUUAAGACACGGUCUGCAUUUGACUUCGAAACUCGCAAGAUCAAGAAGGAAAUCGACUUGACCGACAUCCUCCCGAGGCUCUGGAUUGCCCACAUUCCAACACUUAUUGUCGGAUUUCACGAUCCUGGUUUAUUUGAAGACGUCCGUAUUAAGGACAUACGUACGAAAAUAAAGGAGUGGGAAGCGGAAAACGCCGAGAACCUUUGCACACUUGCAUCGUUGCUGCAUGAGCUGGUUGAGUGCGCUAGAACUUCCCGGACUAAUCUUGGAAUAUGCCGACGAGGAUCAAGGAUCUUAGAGAUUAGGCGGCAAGCAGACGACGGACUAGAAGCUCUUCCCUCUGAGCUGAAAGCUAGGUGGAUGGGAAAGCCUGAAGACAAUGAGAGGACGAGUCGCGAGGAUGGGGACCCUUCCAAUUCUGAUGACGGCUCCGGCGCACAUGUUGUUUUAGGUGUUGCGGCGGAUAUUCGCGACCAUGGAACAGAUUCGGGCGAUGAGUCUGUGAAAGAUUACACGGCGUGUUCACUUGAGAACUGUGGAUAUUGUGGCCACUGCCCCUAUUAG